AUCUAUCUUAUCUUUCCAUUUAAAAACAUUAAAAUUCUCCCCCCUUUCCAUCGUUAAAAAAAACCCUUAUUAGUUACGGAGUAUUACACACAAAUUGAAGAGCGUUCCUUUAUUGGACACGUAUUCCCCAAAAACUUUCCUAAUUCUUUCAAAUCUUUGAUCUUUGAUCUUUGAUUUGGUUCACAGAAUCAUAUGCAUUAAUUUAAUCCAAGCCCAAUUCAAUUGAUUCUCCCCCAAUUUAAUUUAUACUAACGACGCAUCUGAUUUUUCCGACGUCCACUCUUUUAAACUUAGGGUUUAGAUCUGACGAAGUUGGGGCAUUAUCUUCAUUGUUUUUUUUCUGUGAAAAUUGGAAAUUUUGUGAGCUUUUAAGAGUUGAAUUCCAUUGACUUUUAGUUUUUAUAAAGGAGAAGUUAUAUAACUAAAGUUAGAAGGAGCUGGGUUUAGGGUUAGAGUUUGUUUUGAAGGAGAGAGAAAUUGGAGAAUGUGUGAUGGUAUGUCAAAUGGAGGAAUAUAACAAGGUGGAUGGUUGUGGAGAAAAUGGCAGUUCAAGCGAGGGUUUGCCGCCGAACCCCCUUGCAGCUGCGUAUCGGCAAUGCUUCAGUGCUACCCGCUCUUCGGCAAUGCGGAAGAAGACGCUUUUGCGACACCCUUCUCUUCAGGUGAAAAUGCCAGAUAUGGCUGUUGAGCCCCUGAUAGCAGCUUGUGAGUCUGAGUUCCUUCCCAUUGUUCGUUCUGGAGCAUGGACGGAUAUUGGAUUUCGUUCAAACAUGGAAGAUGUAUAUGUACGUCUUGAUGAUUUUAUGCAUCAUUAUGGGCUUCAGCAUACCGGUGAAGGACCAAAUGCCUUUUAUGGGGUUUUUGAUGGUCAUGGGGGCAAGCAUGCCGCUGAUUUUGUCUGUUGUCAUCUGCCGCGGUUCAUUUUUGAGGAUGCAGACUUUACAAGUGAAAUGGAAAGGGUAAUCAGUUCAGCAUUUUUGCAAACAGACAAUGCCUUUGCUGAUGCAUGCACACUGGACUCAGGGCUCGCCUCUGGUACAACUGCAUUGACAGCUUUUGUUGUUGGCAGGUCAUUGGUUGUGGCUAAUGCUGGUGACUGUCGAGCUGUAUUAUGUAGGAGGGGAAAAGCAGUUGAGAUGUCAAAGGACCACAAACCACAGUGCUCAAGGGAGAUGACUCGAAUUGAAGCAUGUGGAGGUAGCGUUUUUGAUGGCUACCUUAACGGCCAAAUCAAUGUCUCCCGAGCUCUAGGAGAUUGGCAUAUGGAGGGAUUGAAGGGUGCUGGUGGGCCCUUAACUGCUGAACCUGAGCUUAUGACAACUGAGUUGACUCAAGAGGACGAGUUCCUCAUCAUAGGAUGUGAUGGAUUGUGGGAUGUUUUCAGAAGCCAAAAUGCAAUUGAUUUUGCACGGCGAAGGCUUCAGGAGCACAAUGACCCUGUGAUGUGCAGCAAGGAUCUUGUUGAUGAGGCUUUGAAGAGGAAAAGUGGGGAUAAUCUUACUGUUGUUGUGGUUUGUUUUCAGCCUGAGUCGCCUCCUAACUUGAUUGCCCCGAGGCCCAGGGUUCAUCGGAGUGUUUCCGCUGAAGGGUUGAGAGAGUUGCAGAGCUUUUUGGAUGGUUUGGAAAAUUAGCUAAGUUGAAUAGUGCGUUACAAUAGCUUCGUAGUUAGUGUUGUUGAGAUCGGAGAGAUCAUCGAGGUGAUUGUCCAACUGUACCAUAUGCGGCAGUAAGUUGUCAUUUUUCUUUCUUGUUUGUUUUACUGUAGUUGUAUGGUUGAGUUAUAUCAUAGAGAACGAGUUUAGUAGUAUCUCACCUCGCUCUUAAGGUUAAAGUUUUGUAGUUAAUAGGUAGGCAAUGUUGAUUUGCUAUAUGAAGGAUAAACCCUUACUUUAUAAUUUUACCGAACAUGACUAGUAGGGGGGUUCAAACCUAAUUCUUUGAGCUUCCUCAAGCUUCUGAAAUUGAGACUUUGGUUGUACUACAAAGUUGUGGUACUAAGAUGAUGGUAUUCUAAGGUUUUGUUGUAUUUUUUAAAA